AUGGGGUUCUCUGCUAUUUCAGAUCGUUCCCUAGCGGUCCUCUCGCUUUUCUCCCUAUUUGCCCUCUCGUAUGGCCAAGGACGCUAUGGAAACUGUCAGCCAUCUGAUACUCUCUUGACUUUUGACGAGAUUGCAAAUUCCGCAGCCAACGGCCGCCAGGAUCUCCCUAGCCCCUGGACAUAUCCAAACACGCCCUUCACCUUCACCCAGCCUCCCGUGCCUUCGUGGUGGCAGGGCUCACUAUUCCAACUCCUCAAUAAAAACGCGAUCCAGCCGCCAGAUGACCUCCGCGCAGUUGCAUGUGCGUCCUCGUCUCCAAACUGCUUCGAAGUCCGGUACCCCGCACCCACAGUGGAGAUCACCGUGGUACCCACUCAGGCUUGCCCACGCCCGCAGUUUGACGUCGUCAGCUUCAGAUACUACCUCUGCCCUAUUGAUAAUAGGGAGUUCAACAUAACCACAUAUGCGCCGGAUGGCACUCUGUUGACGAAGAUUCAGAAGCCUGCGCAUGCGCCGGAUACUCUGGAUAAGCCUUUUAGCUUCCAGCCGUCGAAGGGAGAUAAGGCGUGGCAGAAGUUGGGGAAAUUGGUGUUGAGUGUGGGCUCGCAGCCGUUUAGGACUGGUGGGCGGUUUGGUGCGGCGAAUGGGUUGUAUUUGGAUGACUUGAAGUUUAAGUUGAGAUGUAACUGUUAA